AAAUUGGAAAGUCCCUUCACUUGUCAUUGUCAAAUUAAUAAAAUUAUCAGCUGUUUACUUUCGUGAAUCCUGUUGAUGAAAAAAAAUAUUUAUUUACAAAAAACACUAAAGAUUUCAUUCAUUUCUAGCCAAAUUGCAGUAAAUUAUCAUCAAAAAUGUGGCCACUAAUAAUGCAUUUCUUGCGCACAAACGCUCCGUACUUCACGUUGCCCGUAGCUGCUGUAGUUGGUGUCAUCGGAUACAACUUAGAAGGCUGGCUUUCUGAUAGAUAUACUCCUUACACUAAACCAGUCCAGGACCAGAGAUUAGAACGACUUACAGAUGACCUAACACUAAAUGACCCAACAAACGUACAGAAACUAAAAUAUAAAGAAAAUGUACUCGGAAAGAAUGUUUCACCAUCAUUACAAUCAAACUAGUCACUUUAAUUAGCUCUUAUACUAUUAAAAUAUGUUUUAUUUUACAAAAGUCGUUGAGCCAUUCCUGUGUCUAAAUGUACAUGCACAGUAUGUUUGUAUGACUCGGCGACUCGACCACUACUGAGCGCUCCCGAGCGCCCGCAUACUUACAAAGACAAUGUGAAAAGAAGGGAAGAAGGCACCUUUUUAUAGGUAAAAAAACGUCAGGUGGGCAUGACCAACACGAUCAGUUACGAGUUAAGUAACGAAGCGUUCGGGUUCUUACCCUUUCUUUUCUUUCUGUUCUUUUUUACCCGCUUUCGUGAAAUAAACGUCUGUAAUUCAAUGGCCUGAUACUACUUAAAAUAAUGGAUGAUCAAAUUAUUCAUUACCUUGGAAUAGGGACUUUCUUCUUCAAAUAAUUAUGUUUUAGCUAUGAAUAAUAUAAUUAAUACUGUACAAAAAAAAAAUUGAAAAAAUAUUUGAAUGUUAAAAUUGCCCAAUAGUUUUAAAAAUUAGCAAAACAUUUAACUACUUAGAAAAAAAUAAAUUUCAAGAUGAAGACAGCCAACCCCAAAAAAUAUUGGGAUAAGGCUGACAUCAAUGAUACACAAUUUAGUUACUAUAAAUUAUUCUAGUUACAACUAGCAUUUUUAUAAUUAUUAUAUCUUCGGACAAAGUAGAAACCUUUCUUCCUUAGUUUCUUUUAAGUUUUAAAUUGGCAUUCAAUUGAAGAACAAAAUAGCAAACAAAGAACGCUUAUUUAUUAAACUUCUUGUAUGUUGAUAAAUACAUAUAAGCACUCAUAGUUCUCGCCAGACUUUUUGGCGGCUAGGAACGCGCCGACGCGACGCUCGGAAGUUAGUUGCCGCCAUUGAGAUUGGUGAAACUAUACCUACUUACGUAUUGUUUAUUUAUUUGUAAAAAUGUAAAACUUGUAUUUCGGAUUUCCGCAACAAUAGCCAUAAUUUAGUAAACUAAAUAAUAAGUUGAAAACAAUGAAUUUGAAAGUUGUAAAUAAUUGUUAUUAAAUGUUUUUUUUUAUUUAA